CGUCUUCCAUUUCGGUCGUGCCGGCAUAAAUCUUCAUCCUUCGCCUUGGCGGACGGGCACAUGGGUUAUCGAUUUUCGGUGGUGCCUUCUCGCUUGCUCCGUUGAUACGCGCAUACUGGAACCGGAGUGAAUGAAACGGAGUGAAUUGGGCAGAUAUACAGAAAAAAAUUCUACGUGUAGGCCGAGGGGGAUAAAUAAACAAAAAGAAAGGGCGAGUUCUGCUGAGUGCAUUGGAUGUGUUGUGUUUUUUCGUGAAAGAAUCAGAAGAAAUUUAGUGAAGUGCUCAGUGCAAUUACAACGUGCCGCGUUUAAUUGUGCUCUAGCCAGAGUGUCUACUCGAUCUAGUUUGAGAUUACAGCUUUCUGGUGCCGAGCAGGAAGGAAAUGCCGAAGAGAUUAUAAGAACGUUUUCCAGCCACAUAAAUAAGGUUGGACAGUAAAACAUGAAGUAGCAGUAUUCUGGAAUGCUCUCUAAAAGUGCAACCAUUAAUUGACCGAGGACGACAACGAUUUUGUUCUUGUCGAGUUGACAAUUUUGAUUUGUCCUGACAUUACGAAAUUUUAAAAAGUGUUAAGAAAGUUAUCCUCCUCAAAAAAUGAGAUCGCUCAGCAGACUAACGCAUUGGAGCAUGUCCUCGCUGAUAGCCCUGUUUCUGACCCUGCUGGCCACAUUCCGAUCUGGCCGGUCAGAACUCUUCACAGCCCUCGCCGACAUGGAAGAACUCCUGGAAACGGAAGCCGUUCUGAUAGCGAAUCUCGAUAACUACAUUCGGGUUCAGGAAGAUAAGCUGGAUCAGUUGAGGAGGAAAAGUGCUGAAUAUCAGCGGGAACACUCAGAAGCCGCUAAAGACGUUUCGGCCUAUCUGUCGAAUCCGGUGAAUGCGUUCCUGCUCACCAAACGUCUCACGACUGAUUGGAGGGACCUGGAGAGUACGAUGUCCUACGAUGUGGGGGCGGAGUUCUUGGAGAACAUCACAAACUAUCGGGACGUCCUAAAAUUCCCCUCGGAUGAAGAUCUAAAUGGGGCAGCUGUAGCUUUGAUGAGGCUACAGGACACCUACAAUUUGGAUACGGCUUCAGUUGCCCGAGGAGAGCUCAAUGGGGUCCAGUAUAGUACCGAAAUGUCGGCUGGAGAUUGUUUUGAGCUGGGUCGACAAACGUACCUGAAUGGAGAUUAUUAUCAUACGGUCCUGUGGAUGCGGGAAGCAAUGGACCGACUUUCGCAAGAAGUUAAUCGAACCACAACCAAAGCAGAUGUGCUGGAAUAUUUGGCGUUUUCCACCUUUAAACAAGGAAACGUCCAUACAGCCCUGAUUAUGACCAACGAGCUGCUAGAGCUGGUUCCCAAUCAUGAAAGGGCCGUAGGCAAUAAGGCAUACUACGAGAAGGAGCUGGAGAAGGAAGCCCGCCAGAAGGCACUCAGAGGUGAUGACGGAAGCGAAGAUGUUCCGGUCGAUUCCUCCACGCAAAUUCAUCCAAACAAACACGGAAUUCACGACAGCUCGGAGCGCCGGCUGUACGAGCAGCUUUGCCGAGGGGAGGCCAAUCGGUCGGUAUCGGACCUGUCCAAACUGACCUGCCGGUACGUCACCAACAAGUCAUGGUUCCUCAAGAUCGCUCCCCUAAAAUUAGAGGAAGCAAACCUACAGCCCUACAUCGUCAUCUACCACGAGGUGAUGUCCGAUGCGGAAAUCGAAGUCAUCAAACGGCUGGCGAAACCUCGCUUCCGAAGGGCUACGGUCCAGAACUACAAAACCGGGGAGCUGGAGGUGGCCAACUAUCGGAUCAGCAAGUCGGCCUGGCUCAAGGAUGAGGAACAUCCGUAUGUCAAGGCGAUUGGGCAGCGGGUGGAGGACAUGACCGGACUGACGAUGGUGACGGCCGAGGAGCUGCAGGUGGUCAAUUACGGUAUUGGUGGCCAUUACGAGCCACAUUUCGAUUUCGCCCGGAGGGAGGAAAAGAAUGCUUUCAAGAGCCUCGGGACCGGAAAUAGGAUAGCAACGGUGUUGUUCUAUAUGAGCGACGUGGCCCAGGGUGGUGCCACCGUGUUUCCCAGCAUCCGGACGGCGCUGUGGCCCAAGAAGGGAACGGCGGCCUUCUGGUUCAACCUGCACGCAUCGGGCCACGGCGAUUAUGCCACCCGGCACGCGGCCUGCCCGGUUCUUGCCGGAACCAAGUGGGUUUCCAACAAAUGGAUCCAUGAGCGAGGUCAGGAAUUCCUGCGACCCUGUGACCUAAAACCGGACCACCCGGAGGACACCUGCCCCUCCUUAGAUUUCAUAGUUGCGGAACUUGUUGACCACUUCACUGGGAUUCUCCGAGCCCCAUUCACCCUUCCGGCCGCCAUAAUACAGCGCAGCACCUCCCUCCGAUGCCCGCCGAUGGGCCGGGUUCUGGGAUCCGGCGGCCAAACCACUUCCAGCACCAGCUCCAGAGGCCGUUUCCGGCAGCAUCCGGUCCUUGGUCUUCGGCGUGGACCAGUGCAUACUCUGCUGCACGUGCUCCUUCAUGCCGACCCAAUUCUUGUAGCUCACCUGGAUGCCGCUGCUGCGCCAUUUGUCGUAGUUGGCCCGCCGCUCCGGAUCGCACAGGAUCUCUUUAGCUUCCUGAGGAUGAAAUCCUUUCCAACACCCCCGACACGGGCCUACAAGUUAAAGAUGCAUGACUGGGUGAAAUAUUGUAAUCAGACGGAUACUUGCCACAGUAUGGCAAUUGGGAGUCUCCCCCUGAACCACCUGACUGAUACACGGGACGGCUUGAAGCAGGAACGAUCGGUCGUUGGUGGUCAGAGAAAAGAACUUCCGAAUUGCUUUGAGAGGGCUCAGUUGAUACAGCAUCAGAAAUCCGAGUUCGUUUCAGCGGGCGCCUCAGCUCAGGCGUGGGCGUCGAUUUGUUCCACAACGGAGUUCGAAUUGGUUUCGGAGCAAGCUGCUGAAUGUCUGAUCUCAGUUCUGUUAUCGCAUUUUUGGAUUCCAUUGCGCCUGGCAGUGAUAAGAGGUGGAAAACUGCAACAGCAGCAGCUAGCAAGUGAGUUAUCUAUUUUUGAAGACCGAGUUUUGGCCAUACGUCAUCCAACCGGAGCUGCCGAGCUGAGUAAUGUUCCUGCACAUGCAUUUCAGCGGCUGAUAAGAACACGACGGCCUGUUGGUUCAGGUUUGUUUUCUAGUCACGUAGCCGUUAGCUUAGUUCGGCGAUGUGCACUGGUCAGAAUGGGCGUGUGGAGUUCCUUCAUUGGAUUACUGCUGUUUGGUUCCCUUGUAAUAUGGGGGCCUGUCGAAGAAGUUGAAGGUCAUGAUGAGCGUCCUAACGAGUACUAUUCGUCAGUGGUGCACAUGGAAUCGCUGCUGAAAACCGAACAGCAGAUCCUGGAGCGGCUGGAUCGAUACAUCAAUCUGUCAGAGGAAAAGAUCAAGUUUCUCAAACGACAGCGUGAAAAAAUUCGGGAAGAAGUGAGAGGAGUUUCGGAUCCUAUUUCGGGGUUUCUACUGACAAAGCGACUGGUCAGAGACUAUCCUCGCAUCGACAACUUGCUGCAGGCAGGUAUUGGAGUGAGGCUUAUUGACGAUGAUAGUGCGGUGCCGACGAAUACGGAUUACGAAGGACUUGUCGAAGGCAUCGCUCAACUCCAGGAAGUGUACAAACUGGAAACCGGAGAUCUGGCUAAAGGAAUCAUCCGAGGUCAGAAGAAGACCAGAGCACUGACCGCCGAAGAGCUGUACCUGGUCGGACUGUUGAUGAGCCAGAACAAACAGUUCGUCUACUGUAUCGAAUGGGAACAGGAAGCUCUUCGACAGUGGGCCAUCGAGUCACAACCUAGCGUCAGUAAGGUGGAAAUCCUUGACUACCUUUCAUACUGUCUUAACGAAAACGGCCAGUACGAGGAGGCGAUGCAACGCACUGAUGAAAUGCUAAAGCACGAUCCAACUCACGAAAAUGCGCUUAAGAAAAAGCCGGUCAUCGCUAAUUGGCUCGAAUACGUCAAGGUUAAUGGACCGAAAGAAAUCAGUCCACCUCCAAAUCGUGGACUAUACGGAGCACUUUGUCGAGGAGAACAUGAACGACCGGCGUCUGAACUCUCCAAACUCUCCUGUCGCUACGAGAACUCAAUAACUCCCUUCAUCCGAAUCGCCCCCUUCAAACUGGAAGAGGCCAGUCUGGACCCCUUCAUCGUGAUCUACCACCAGGCACUGUCCGAAACAGAAAUCAACAAGAUCGUUGAACUUGGAACCCCGAAGCUCCGACGUUCAAUGGUUGGAGAAAAUCACGACAAGGAGGUUUCAAAGGCCAGAACCAGUCAAAACGGUUGGCUAGGAGACGGAGAUCACAAAAUCGUCAAACGGGUCAACCAGAGAGCGUUCGACCUAACGGGUCUAGAUCCGAGGAGUCACGAAAGUUUGCAGUUCAACAACUACGGUAUUGGCGGCCAUUAUUUGCCGCACUUUGAUUGGGUGCGAACCGUUGAAGGCCAAGUACCGUACAAGGAUCUGGGACUCGGGAACCGGGUGGCCACGUUGAUGUUUUAUCUCCGAAAUCAACACCAGACGUUAACAUAUUUGAUGUUCCACCUCAUUACGGACAAUGAUAAGAGGUGGAAAACUGCAACAGCAGCAGAACGCAAGCAACAGCUGAAAAAAAUGUCAAGGUAUGUUGGUUCAGGUUUGUCUUCAAGCCACGUAGCCAUUCGCUUGGUUCGACGACGAGCACUGGUCAGAAUGGGCGCGUGGAGUUGCUUGAUUGGAUUGCUGUUGUUUGGUUCCCUGGUACUCUGGGAUCCUGCCGAAGAAGUUGAAGGUCAUGAUGAACGCCGGGACGAAUACUUUUCGUCAGUGGUGCGCAUGGAAUCGCUGCUGCAAACCGAACAGCUAAUCCUGGAGCGGCUGGAUCGUUACAUCAGUCUGUCAGAGGAAAAGAUCAAGUUUCUUAAAAGCCAACGAGAUACGAUUCGGGAAGAGAUGAUGGGAGUUUCGGAUCCUCUUUCGGGGUUUCUGCUGACAAAGCGCCUGGUCAGAGACUACCCUCGCAUCGAUAAUUUACUGCAAUCAGGUAUCGGUGUAAGGCUUAUCGACGAUGAUUGUGCGAUGCCGACAAAUACGGACUACGAAGGACUGGUCGAAGGCAUCGCUCAACUCCAGGAAGUGUACAAACUGGAAACCGGAGAUCUGGCUAAAGGAAUCAUCCGAGGUCAGAAGAAGACCAGAGAACUGACCCCUGAAGAGCUGUACCUCAUCGGACUAUUGAUGAGUCAGAACCAACAUUACGUCUACUGUAUCGAGUGGGAACAAGAAGCUCUUCGACAAUGGGCCAUCGAACCACAACCCAGCGUCAGCGAGGUGGAUAUCCUAGACUACCUUUCGUAUUGUUUGAUCGAGAAUGGACAAUUCGAGGAGGCGAUGCAACGUACUGAUGAAAUGCUUAAGCAUGACCCAAUUCACGAAAAUGCUCUAAAGAAAAAACAUGUAAUUUCCAACUGGCUCGAAUACGUUAAGGUUAAUGGACCGAAAGAAAUCAGUCCAUCUACAGAUCGUGGACUAUACGGAACACUUUGUCGAGGAGAGCAUGAACGACCGGCGUCUGAACUCUCCAAACUCACCUGUCGCUACGAGACCACGAUAUCUCCUUUCAUUCGAAUCGCCCCCUUCAAACUGGAAGAGGUCAGCCAAGACCCCUUCAUUGUGAUCUACCACGAGGCACUGUCCGAAACUGAAAUCAAUAAAAUCAUCGAACUUGGAUCCCAGAAACUCCGACGUGCAAUGGUUGGCGAAAUUCACAGCCAGAAAGUGUCCAAGGCAAGAACCAGUCAAAAUGGUUGGCUCGAAGACGAAGACCAUGAAAUCGUCAAACGGGUCAACCAGAGAGCGUUCGACCUAACGGGUUUAGAUACGAGGAGUCACGAAAGUUUGCAGUUCAACAACUACGGCAUCGGCGGCCACUAUUUGCCGCAUUUCGAUUGGGAGAAACCUGUCGAUGGUCAGGUGCCCUUCACGGAUCUGGGAACUGGGGACCGAGUGGCCACGUUGAUGUUUUAUCUCUCCGACGUCGAAAUGGGAGGGGCCACCGUUUUCCCCCCGAUCGGAGUAGGCGUUUUUCCCAAAAAGGGCACGGCCAUCUUCUGGUACAACCUGCAUCGAAACGGAACCGGCGACGAGCGUACCCUACACGGUGCCUGUCCGGUACUAAUGGGAUCCAAAUGGGUGGUCAACAAGUGGAUACACGAAAAGUACACCGAUCAGGUGCGGCCCUGUGGUCUUAAACCGGACAGCAUAUAAUUUUUAGUAAUAAGAAUCUUUAACGAAGUGAAACUUCCCUAGAGCUGUGCCUGAAUGAAUCAAUCAAUUGUGAAAGAGCAAAUACCCAGUACCUUUGUGUGUGUUUUUGAAUAAUUAAAUCAAACCCCUACAA